AUGGGGUACAAACAGAAUUUCACCACGGUGGAAAUCCACCAGUCCCCAAACUGCACAGACACCUCCAAAGACGGACCCGUGCCCGGCUAUCAAUUCAUCCGAAUACCCCACCCAACCAACCCGCCCUCACCAGCAGACCCCGCCCGAUGCUACACCACCACCGUCCAAUCCGACAUCUUGCCCGUCAGACCCUACCCCGUCGCCGUGAAACUCGUCGAACAGAAGACCCUGAUGAUCUGGGAUGAGGUUGCAAAGACCUACGUUGAGCCGCGAUAUGAAUCCACUGAGUGUUUUGAUAUCACCGCGUUGACCGCAACCAAGGGCCUGCCGCCGGCGUCGAUGAAGCUAAAGUCGGAGGAGGCAUUUUUGGAUACGCCGUUCCAGUCUUAUGAGGCGGGCGCCGGGACGGUGGGCGUGCAGUGGACGGGGAUGGUGCUGCUUGCGACGUUUUGGAUGGCAAAGAAGAUGCGCCUAGAUGAUGCUAGCCUACGUAACGCAUAUGGUGACUCUAUGUACACCAUCAGGGAGCUGUCCAUCGCGACACCGGCCGACCGUAACUCGCAUCGAUCGAGGGGCAUAGGCAUCGGAAGAGGAAAAUCACCACGUGAGGUGUGCGUCCGAUUAAUCGUCUUUCCAACUCUCAGGAGUCGGCUGGGCAAGAGAUCGGAUCUAGACCCGCGUACGGAGAUUGUCGCGCAACUCUUGCAAGGGACGACGAGGGGCAGUGUCAGCGGGCGUCUGGAUUUGGACGGGGCGCUCGCACGAGAGCUUUUUCGCGCUGUUGCAGCCAUUGAGAAGAUUGUCUCUGAUAAAGCGAUACUUCUCAACGGCGGGUUGCGUCAACGGACGAUGCAUUGUAUCAACCUAGACGUAUGGGCAGCGCUAGCAGUCUUGAACGAAACGUUUGGCGAGAAUCCUCCUGUGUACGAGAUGCGGAAACUGUCGAUGGAAAACGCAUCGGAUGAGGACAACAUACCCAUGCACGUUCCGGAUCACGUCAAGGAAGUGCAUACCGAGCUUGUUUUCGCGGUUUCCCCGUUGCUGGACAUCUCGGCCGUGGACAACGCUGUUCAGACAAUGUUUCCGGACAGCUUCUGCCGGCUCUCUACUCCUGAGUCCACGUCAACACCUGGCCUGAAAAUCCUCCGACAAGACCCAAACGCAUUCACAUCCAUGAAAUCCCUCGCCGAGCUCCGUUCCCAUUACCACAGAGACGAGGCACGGCACCAGCCCACCGACAACACCUGGCUUCGGUACGACCCGCAAUCGAUCCACGCCGAGCUAUGGCGGUUCGUAGUCCUCCCGCAAGACUAUUCCGAGCUAUGUUUUGAGCCGCUUGGGGUGGACUAUGUUUAUGAGGUUGUGGAAUAUAACCGACGGCGGGGGAUUGCGAGGGUGGAGAGGACUUGGACGGUGAAGUACUCGUCGUUUGCGAUGAGUGAGGAAGAGAUGGAUGAGAUGUUUUGGAGGGGGACUAGGUUGGUUGGGUGGGAUGACGGUCCUUGA